UUUCUUUUAAUUUCUCCGUUAAAAAGAGAAUUAAAGACCCGCCCUGCUGCUUCAUCUUCCCCUCACCUGCCUUUUCUUUCUCCCGCUUUAUUCCCCCCGACUCUGUGAAUCCCCCACAGCUCUCAAACGGUCCGAUCAGUCAAAAUCACCCGGUACCCACCUUGUCAUUCAUCGCCGGCCGGCUAGUUUACGUGAUGCCGGACGGAGAAACCUCCUCCUGUCGUGUAGUCUCUGUUUCCCCAACUCCAGCAGCCAUGUCCACCACCACCAUCUCUGCUUCUUCUUCUUGUUCUUCAGGUUUGACGGUCGAGGAUGGGGUCGAAUCUCCGGCCGAAGUUCAAAGGACGGCGAAAGAUCCUAGAAGAACCGCUAGAAAGUAUCAGCUGGAGCUGUGCAAGAAAGCUAUGGAGGAGAACAUAAUUGUCUGGCUGGGGACAGGUUGUGGGAAGACCCACAUUGCGGUGCUGCUUAUUCAUGAAUUUGGGCAUUUGAUCAGGAGUCCUCAGAGGAAAGUCUGUGUCUUUCUAGCACCUACAGUUGCUUUGGUGAAUCAGCAAGCCAAGGUUAUUGAAGAUUCUGUUGAUUUCAAGGUCGGCAUUCAUUGUGGGAGCUCCCAGAAAUCAAAUUCCCAUUCAGAUUGGGAAAAAGAAAUUGAAGAUUGUGAGGUUCUUGUCAUGACACCUCAAAUUCUGCUGCACAAUUUGAGUCACAGCUUCAUCACGAUGGAACUGAUUGCGCUUCUGAUAUUCGAUGAGUGCCAUCAUGCCCAAGCUAAAAGCGAUCAUCCAUAUUCGAAGAUUAUGAAAGUUUUCUAUAACAACAAUACUGGCAGACUCCCACAUAUAUUUGGCAUGACUGCAUCACCAGUUGUGGGGAAAGGCGCUUCUAGUCAAGAAAAUUUAUCAAAGAGCAUCAAUAGUCUUGAAUCAUUAUUGAAUUGUAAGGUUUAUUCAGUAGAAAAUAAGGAAGAAUUGGAUCGUUAUGUCGCUAAUCCUACUGUUAGAAUAUAUUUGUAUCGGGUAUUGCCCUCUCACGAGAAAUGUGCCACUAGACUUGGGGAAGUUAUGCGUCAGUGCAUAUUAGAACUUAGGAAGAAGCCAGACUACCGCACCAGUCUUGAAAGUUUUCAAAGCACCAAAAGGUUCCUCCACAGAGUGCAUGAUAACAUGCUAUUUUGUUUGGAAAACCUUGGCCUCUUUGGAGCUCUACAAAGACUGAUCAUGGGUACUGUUGGAUUCCUGACAUAG